AAUCGUUUCAAGAAAUCGACACGCGCUAACAGUACAAGUUCCGCUAACCGCUAUUCGAAAAGUAGAAAAUGUACGGUCAAGCAUUGACCAAAUAGAGUGAACUAAAGUGCUUUUCAAUAUUUUAACCCUAGGAAUUGAUAGUUCGUCCGUGGCUUGUCUCGUUGCGUCAAUGUCUCAUCUCGUCUGCCGAGCUGUCAAGAACGGGGAUAAACAAGUCUUGGAGGAUGCUAGGAGGAUUGUGGGGGAUAGGUAAGGGACUUAGCAUUAAGUGCUGAGCUCAAUUGAGAUAAUGCUCUUUACGAUACGGACCAAAAUUAAGACGCUUUUUUAGAGAAAGCUCUAGGCUAAUACCGGCAUAACGAAAGAUAGUCGUUUCGAACAGCGAAGUGUAUUACCCACAAGUUGUAACAAACCUGCAGCAGACUUGUAGCAAUGCUGUUCCAACAACUUGUCAACAGGAUGUGUUCGCACUGCUUGUUUCCAGCUUGUUGACAAGUUGUCAACGGCUUGUUGGCAACUUGCUACAGGGAUGUUGAGCCAACAGAUUUGUUGCAAGUUGUUGCAACAACUUGUUAUCGUCCUGCAAUUCAACAAUUUGUCAAACAAGUUUUGAGUGACUUGUUGCAACCUGAUGAAAUAACAGCAUUGUUACAACUUGUUGACAAGCUCGCUACAAGCCUGUUGCGAACAUAUCUUAUUGACAAGUUGUGAGAUUUUUAGGUGUGUAGUUCAGACACAAGCCAUGUCAGUGUCCUGAUAAAUAUUCUUUUUCUUAGAGAAUACAUCCCAGUGGAUCCCAAAGAACUGGCUAAUCGUAUUUUUGUCACGUGUUACAUGGGAAGUGAGAAUUCGUCAGAGGACACUCGAUCACGAGCGAAAAAUUUGGCGCAGGAUGUUGGCAGCUAUCAUAUGGGUAAAAUAUAUUUUAUGAAAUAAUAUGCAAGAGGUUUAGGCAUGCUGAACCGCAUUGCUUAUGACAACGACAACAAAGACACCAACGACGGUAACAAAUAACAACGACAGCAACAAUGGCAACAACAACACAAUGACAACGCAGUGACAACAACAGCAAUAAACAGCUACAACAACAACAGACAACGACAACAACAACGACGAUGGCAAAAAAUCACAAUAACAGCAACAACAACAAAUUAUGCAAACAAUUACAUCAACAACAACAAACAACUACAGCAACAACUACAGCAGCAACUACAGCAGCAACAACAACAACAACAAACAACUACAGCAACAACUACAGCAGCAACUACAGCAGCAAACAACUACAGCAACAACUACAACAACAACAACAACUACAGCAGCAACAACAACAACAACAACAACAACAAAUAACUGCAACAACAACAUCGAUUGGCAACAACAACAUAACUGCAACAACAACAUCGAUUGGCAACAACAACAACAACAACAACAACAACAACAACAACAACAACAACAACAACAACAACAAACAACAACAACAACAACAACAAACAAGAACGACAACAAGAAACACAACAAACAACUACAACAGCAACAACAACAACAACUACAGCAGCAACAACAACAACAACAACAACAACAACAACAACAACAACAACAACAACAACAACAACAACAACAACAACAACAACAACAACAACAACAACAACAACAACAACAACAACAACAACAACAAACAACAACACAAUAACAACAACAGCAGCAACAAACAAGAACGGCAACAAGAACAACAACAAACAACUACAGCAACAACAACAACAACAACAACAACAACACAAUGACAAUACCAAUAAACACUACAACAACAUUGACAACAUCGAUGGCAAGAACAACAACGCAAUAACAACGACAACAGAAACAAACAAAAACAAGAACAACAACCACAAACAACUACUACAACAGCAACAACAACAGACAACGACAACAACAACAACGACAGCAACAGCAACAGCAACAACAACAACAAGUAACUACAACAACAGUCGACAAGAUACUUUUGGGAUUUUAGCUUACAACACCAGAAAGCUAAUAUUAAUUUUUCGUUCUUUUUGUGUUCUUAUUUAGAUAUCAAAAUCGACACUAUAGUGUGUGCAUUUCUUGCUGUCUUCACGGCAAUCACAGGCAAGCGGCCUCAGUUUAAAGCCAACGGUGGGACAGACAGGGAGAACCUCGCAUUGCAGAAUAUCCAAGCUCGCAUCAGGAUGGUCUUAGCUUAUCUUUUCGCUCAUCUUAUUAUGUGGUGUCGAGGAAGAAAUGUCGGUCUCUUGGUGCUUGGCUCGGCUAACACUGAUGAAAGGUAAACACAUAAAAAUCAUUUGUAGAAUCAUACCGACACCCUACCGACGUAAACUAAAAAACAAAUUUCGAAAAGACAAGACAUCUUGAGAAUACAAUAUAUGAUUCAACACAAGAUGCAGGUUGAGACUGUAAAUUUUUGACUUUAUUUCAAAGUCAUCUUCAGACAGAAUGAAAUACAAUGGAAACAAGAUAAUUAAUAAAGAAAUGAGUAAACUCUGAAACUGGAUUAUUUAGCUAUAUUUACAACAAUGUUUUACAGCAUAUCCUAUAAGGAUUAAGGUAGAAAGGAAUGACCCGACAAGUAGAAGAAAAUUAAGUUGGAGUGUUAUGUGAACAGUUGUAGUUCUUUACUAGCUUUAAGUCCAGUGUUAAGGAAAGGUUUGUUGUCUUUAAUUAGCAGUGCUUCAAGUAGUUCAAGAAAAGAAAGAAUGUUGUAGUUGGUAUAGAUUUAGUAAUGUGAAGUAUUCUGUAGUUCAUUCAUGUUUCGCUCGCUACUCUGGUUUAAAUAAAUGAGUAUUCUGUAGUUAUUGAAAACAAGGUUUUCAAUAGGAAUUUCAAUAGGUGUCAGAAAGCUAAGAAAGAUCGUUGAGUAAUGUGAACUGGUCUUGUAAAGUAGCUAUACCGACGUAUUCCGGGCAUUAAAAUAUGUUUUCAGGGCCGUCAGACAAAAUGUCCGAUGACUUUGAGUUUGGGUCGGACAUAUUAUGUACAUGUAUGAUGUCCGAUGACCUUCAGUUCAGUGACAAUGUAUUAUUUCUGAACGGUAAAUGUUGUGAAGAUAUUAAAUAAUUUGUGUCAUUCAUACUUAUUUCCAAGCCAAGAUUAACUUGCUUGCCAAUAACAGCAGUAAGACUUCGACAACUUAAGCCCGUUUUCCACUUCACCAUUUCGCUCGAUGACAUUAAAUCAACAUUUCCAGAGCACUUUUUAUACAUUACUCUGAUUCUUCAUUUAACAUACGAACCUCUAUAGGCCUGGACUAGGGUACAUUUUGAUUUACGUUGGACAAUGUCCGUGAACGACCGAUAUUUCAAGGCUUGCCGUAAUCUAUAUUUUUGUUGCAUUAUUAAUGUAAACAUUAAGUACUACUUAAACUGUUUUAUUUGAUUCAUCUCUUUCAGCUUGCGAGGCUACAUGACAAAAUAUGACUGUUCUAGCGCUGAUAUUAAUCCCAUUGGUGGUAUUAGCAAGAAAGAUCUGAAGUCAUUCGUGUUUUAUUGUGUGGAGAAGUUUAACUUUAGUUCACUGAUCACCAUCAUGGGCGCAAGACCAACUGCGGAACUUGAGCCGUUGAGAAAUGGAGUCGCACAACAAACAGAUGAGGUAAUUUUAUAUAUACUGGAUAGCUCUAUCAGUUCUAAACUGUUCUUUAUAGAUGUCCAGUAAGGAUCAUCUCCUAUUGGUCCAGUAUUACUACAGGAGGAAACCUAAACUAAACUAACUUUAUUUAUACUGGAUAGUUCUAUCAGUUCUAAACUGUUCUUUAUAGAUGUCCAGUAAGGAUCAUCUCCUAUUGAUCCAGUGUUACUACAAGAGGAAACCUAAACUAAACUAACUUUAUUUAUACUGGAUAGCUCUAUCAGUUCUAAACUGUUCUUCCUGGAGGUCCAGUAAGGAUCAUCUCUUAUUGAUCCAGUGUUACUACAGAAGGAAACCUAGACUAAACUAACUUUAUUUAUACUGGAUAGCUCUAUCAGUUCCAAACUGUUCUUCCUGGAGGUCCAGUAAGAAUCAUCUCUUAUUGAUCCAGUGUUACUACAGGAGGAAACCUAGACUAAACUAACUUUAUUUAUACUGGAUAGCUCUAUCAGUUCCAAACUGUUCUUCCUGGAGGUCCAGUAAGGAUCAUCUCUUAUUGAUCCAGUGUUACUACAGGAGGAAACCUAAACUAAACUAACUUUAUUUAUACUGGAUACAGUAGCUCUAUCAGUUCCAAACUGUUCUUCCUAGACGUCCAGUAAGGAUCAUCUUUUAUCGAUCCAGUGUUACUACAGGAGGAAACCUAAACUAAACUAGCUUUAUUUAUACUGGAUAGCUCUAUCAGUUCUAAUCUGAUUUCCCUAGAGAUCCAGGAAGAAUCAUCUCUUUCUGAUCCAGUGUUACAACAGGAAGAAACCUAAACUAAAUACCAGAUUACCACGCCAAUUAAUGCAUAGCUACACAUUUAAAUUUGUAAUCCUAAAAUUUUUUCAUUUCCCCAGGCGGACAUGGGUAUGUCGUACGAUGAACUGUCAGUAUUUGGCCGUCUUCGAAAGAUCGAGGCCUGUGGACCAUUCCGUAUGUUCUGUAAACUGUGCGAUUUAUGGCGAGAUAUACAUCCACCCUCCCUCGUCGCUCAAAAAGUGAAGCAUUUCUUCAGAUGUUACGCGAUUAACAGACAUAAAAUGACAGUUCUCACUCCCGCUUACCAUGCUGAAUCCUAUUCUCCCGAUGAUAACAGGUGAGCGUAAAUAAACGUUAUAGAGUGUUGGUCAUUCUGUACAAUGAGAGCUGAAUGUCGAAUCACGCAGUUACUAAGGCCUGAUUUACACUAUCAAAGUUUCUGUGACCCCAGCAGGGAUUUUGUAUCGGUAAAUUCUAAGUUUUGAUGGAUUUGUAAGAAAUGUUUGACCCAGUCCUAAGCUUGAUCAAAACUUCAUCCAGUCCUAGGACUUCAUCAAAACUUCAUCCAGUCCUAAGACUUGAUCAAAACUUCAUCCAGUCCUAAGACUUGAUCAAAACUUCAUCCAGUUCUAGGACUUCAUCAAAACUUCAUCCAGUCCUAAGACUUGAUCAAAACUUCAUCCAGUCCUAGGACUUAAUCAAAACUUCAUCCAGUCCUAGGACUUGAUCAAAACAUCAAGUCCUAGGACUGGAUGAAGUUUUGAUCAAGUCUUAGGACUGGAUGAAGUUUUGAUCAAGUCUUAGGACUGGAUGAAGUUUUGAAGAAGUCCUACGACUGGAUGAAGUUUUGAUUAAGUCCUAGGGCUGGAUGAAAUUUGAUCAAGUCCUAGGACUGGAUGAAGUUUGAUCAAGGCCUUACAAAUCCUUCAAAACGUUGAAUUUACCCAUGCAAGAUUCCAACUGUGAUCACAGAAACUUUGAUAGUGUAAACCAUCCUUAACGUGUCGUUUUGAAGGCUUAAAAGCCGAUUUACAUUCUACAAUUAGCGUUUGCCUAAAUUAGACGCUUGCAACCACUCACAACCACUGUCUCUUUGUAGCUCAGUUGGUUAGAGCUCGACAACUGUCUCUCUGUAGCUCAGUUGGUUAGAGCUCGACAACUAUCUCUCUGUAGCUAAGUUGGUUAGAGCUCGAUAACUGUCUCUCUGUAGCUCAGUUGGUUAGAGCUGGACAACUGUCUCUCUGUAGCUCAGUUGGUUAGAGCUCGACAACUGUCUCUCUGUAGCUCAGUUGGUUAGAGCUCGACAACUGUCUCUCUGUAGCUCAGUUGGUUAGAGCUCGACAACUGUCUCUCUGUAGCUCAGUUGGUUAGAGCUCGACGACUGUCUCUCUGUAGCUCAGUUGGUUAGAGCUCGACAACUGUCUCUCUGUAGCUCAGUUGGUUAGAGCUCGACAACUGUCUCUCUGUAGCUCAGCUGGUUAGAGCUCGACAGCUCUCUCUCUGUAGCUCAGUUGGUUAGAGCUCGACAACUGUCUCUCUGUAGCUCAGUUGGUUAGAGCUCGACAACUGUCUCUCUGUAGCUCAGUUGGUUAGAGCUCGACAGCUGUCUCUCUGUAGCUCAGUUGGUUAGAGCUCGACAGCUGUCUCUCUGUAGCUCAGUUGGUUAGAGCUCGACAACUGUCUCUCUGUAGCUCAGUUGGUUAGAGCUCGACAACUGUCUCUCUGUAGCUCAGUUGGUUAAAGCUCGACAACUGGACUCUGUAGCUCAGUUGGUUAGAGCUCGACAACUGUCUCUCUGUGGCUCAGUUGGUUAGAGCUCGACAACUGUCUCUCUGUAGCUCAGUUGGUUAGAGCUCGACAGCUGUCUCUCUGUAGCUCAGUUGGUUAGAGCUCGACAACUGUCUCUCUGUAGCUCAGUUGGUUAGAGCUCGACAGCUGUCUCUCUGUAGCUCAGUUGGUUAGAGCUCGACAACUGUCUCUCUGUAGCUCAGUUGGUUAGAGCUCGACAACUGUCUCUCUGUAGCUCAGUUGGUUAGAGCUCGACAACUGUCUUUCUGUAGCUCAGUUGGUUAGAGCGCUGCACCGGAAUGGCAGGCCCUCUGUGAUCCUACCCUUGAAGCAGAAGCAGGCUUAGAAUUUUAAACUGUAAUGAAACGAAAUAAUUUUGUGUGCUACGCCAAAAAAAAAUUAUUCAAAAACAUUUUCAACGAAAUUUAACUUAGGUUCGACCUGCGACCUUUCCUUUACAACACCUCGUGGAAUUGGCAAUUCCGAUUUAUUGACGAGCAAGUCCGACGACUUGACGAACCACAACGACUUCCGGUGCAUCACUUCCGAGCCGAGGACCGUGGCGGUGGGCCUGAGAACGAAAAUGCACCGCCGGACCAAAACAGUGCGGGCUCACACGGUACCGAAGGGAGCCUGGGGAAUAAUAUGAAUAUAAAAACUGAAAAAUUUGACAAUUCUUCGUGUGGUCAAUCGGCAUGUCUGAACGGGGAAGAGAGUUUGGGCCAGGGGCGUGGACCCGAGGAUAGCGUCAGCAGGAGCGUAAAUCCGCUGAUUCGAAUUGGUACGAAACGCGGGCUCACCGAAGGCGAGUUUGGUUUUUCCAAAGUUAAAGCAGUGAGCUUGGCGGCUCCGUCUAUCUCCAUGCAAGUUGAUGUGAAAAAAUAGCGAAAAUACUUAGUUUUCCAAACAGGAAAGCCAUAUACAAUUAGCCCAACCGCAUGUAUAUAUUUUAGAGACACUGUUCUACUGUAGUUUACAUAGAAGUGUUAGCAGAACUAACAAAGUUCAGAAUAGUGCUCAGGCAUUCAAAUUAUAACAAUAGGAUCAUUUCCAAAGGUCUACGUCUUUUUGAGACGCCAUAUAUGUUAUAACAGCUAUUUCAGUUAAGGCGAAAACCGCUGUGGACUGGUAUUAUAUAAUAAUAAUAAUAAAUUAAUCGCACACCAUGUUAGGUUUGUAGUAGAAUUUUUGUAUAAACGUCGAUUGAUGUAAUAGAUUUGUGACUCUUUGAAUAAGAUAUAUCUUUGGC